CGAUUUGUAGAAAAAUAAAUAAAAAGGGGGGACUUUUUCUUUCUUUCUUUCUCCCUUUCUCUGUCUCAAUCUCUGUGUGAGAGUUUCUAGAGAGAGAAAGAUAGAGGGAGAGAGAGAGAGUUUUAAACAUUUUAGUGUGGUUUUUGGUUUGGGAUUUGAAUUGAAUUGAAUUGAAUCGUGUAUCUCUUUCUCUGUCUCAACUGUCGCCCCCGUGUUCAACUCGCGUGGCUGGCCCAGCACUACCAGACACACACAGACAGACGAAGAAGCCAAACAGAGAGAGAAAGAGAAGAGAGAAUAAAAAAAGCCUUUUGCUUUUCUUUUUCUUCCGUUUCCCGAUUUAUCAAAUUGUACGCGUUAUUGGUCUCUCUCCUCUUGUAAAAAAGCCUUUGGCUUUGGUGGUGUCCUCCACGCCUCCACUCAAACUCAGAGCCGCUGAAGAGCCCUUCAAUCGCCUCAACAAUCAGAUCUCCUGGGGUCUCAGUGGUGUCAAUUCGCGGCUCUGAUCCCCUUCACGAACCGCUCUAAACGACCGUGGUUUGUUCCUCUCCUUCUUCUUCCUCACAUUUGAUUCGAUUUUGAAGGGUGCCCAGCAAUCAUGUUGUUGACCUUGUGAAGUAAUAUGGAAGUUGUGGUUACACCAAUAACAACAACAACAACAACAACUAGAAGAUGACGCUUUACAUUGGUCGCGAGUCAUCAAAGCUCUGGAAGAGAAUUUGCGCUGAGGUAAUCACCGAGAUCAACCUCCUUGCCGCGAAUUGGAAGUAUCUUCUUGCCGGUCUUGUUUGUCAGUACAUACAUGGUCUAGCUGCUCGAGGAGUUCAUUAUAUACAUCGGCCAGGGCCAACACUCCAGGAUGCUGGCUUCUUUCUUCUUCCGGAACUUGGGCAAGACAGAGCUUAUAUCAGUGAGACCCUGUUCAGCUUCAUCUUUUUAUCCUUUGUGUUGUGGACUUUUCAUCCUUUCAUUUUCAAGAGCAAAAAGAUAUACACAGUUCUAAUAUGGUGCAGGGUUCUAGCAUUCUUAGUGGCAUCUCAAUUUCUCCGGAUUAUCACGUUCUAUUCCACCCAGCUUCCUGGUCCAAAUUACCAUUGUCGUGAGGGUUCUAAACUUGCCAGGCUGCCUCCUCCGGAUAGCGUAUUCGAAGUCCUCUUGAUCAAUUUUCCGAGGGGUGUACUUUAUGGUUGUGGUGAUUUGAUUUUCUCAUCGCACAUGAUAUUUAGUCUUGUCUUUGUGCGCACUUAUCAGAAAUACGGUACACAAAGAUUUAUAAAGCAGUUAGCUUGGUUACUCGUCGUGAUCCAGAGUUUCUUGAUUGUGGCAUCGCGCAAGCAUUACACGGUUGAUGUUGUUGUAGCAUGGUAUACUGUUAAUUUGGUUGUGUUCUUUAUUGACAAGAAAUUGGCAGAAUUACCUGACCGGACCAAUGGAGCUGCAUCUUUCUUGUUACCCCUAAGUACAAAGGACAAAGAUAGUAAGACCAAAGAAGAGAAUCACAAGCUCUUGAAUGGAAUCUCCGGAGACCCUGCUGAUAGGAGGCAACGAACUCAAGUUAACGGCAAGACUCUGGACGAUGUAAACACAGUACAUGCCGAUGCUACAAUGAACGUUGCAUAGAACAGAAGGGACGGUGCUGCAACAAGGAGACUUUUGUUUAAUGGCUUAUUGUCUAUUAGGACCCAGGGUUGAAAUGAAAGGUUUUGUAACAUGUGUGGAUGGGUUCUGUGCUGGAGACAUAUAUGACAUGAUUUGUAUUCUAAUGGAAAUGGAAUUUGGGUUACAUAGUU